UAUCGGUUAUUCAGCGAACGCCGAACGCACACAAUACCAUACAUAUUGAGACGUGAACGUGUUUGUUGUGUUGGUUUUGGCGCGCCCGAGUUGCAUUGCAAUAGUUUGUUGUUAAAUAAAUAGUAAUGGAUUCUUGGUCAGAAGAUCAAGUUCUGGAACUUAUUGAAGCUUACCGGAGAUGGUCCGUAUUGUGGGAUUUUCAAGAUCCGCUCCAUUAUGACAAAUCUAUUAUAUACAGGGCCUGGAAGGAAGUAGGACGUGAACAAAAUCCCGAAGUGAGGGGUGUGGAAGACUGUAAAAGAAAAAUAAAGUCGUUGUUGUCUUCUUACCGGCGAGAAAAAUACAAAAUGAGAAAGAGUAAAGGUUCCAAGUACGUCAGUAAGUGGUACGCAUACGAACCUCUCACGUUUCUAGAUGACAGGGUAAUGCCAAAGAAACCGCCCAAGGAGGAACCAGAAGAUAUGAUGGAAGAUGUAGACGUAGAUGACAUCGGAGUAGAGGUCAAACUUUCGGAACUAAGCCCAGAUGAGACAUCAGCACCAUCGCCUAUUAACAUACCUAGUAAGCGAGCCAAGACAGAUGAUUAUCCUACUUCAUCAAUGCUGGACAGUGAACUUAAUAUUUUCGACACAGUAAAAGAAAAACCGAACGAGACUGACACAUUUUUCACAUAUGUCGCUACAAAAGUGAAUAAUUAUUCCAGGGAGACUCAGACUGCGGUGCAGCAUGCAGUAUUCGAAAUACUUAUGAAAGCUGAUAAAGGAAAGUAUGAAUCAUCUGGUUCAGAUAAUCAGGAAUCUAACAGCUGAUAUAAAAUUACAAUAAAAACUAAAAACAUUUAUUCCCUAAUGAUAUAUAUUUUAAUUCAUUAUCUUAAGAUAUGUAUUUUAUUUCUUCUUUUUCGAUGUUCCGCUGCUGCACCAUCUCCUUUGAACAGCUUCCGUUGUGGAUCCUUGAUUCUUCUUGCCUUAGGUGUGUGGACAUCUUCUGUAGGUACUUUUUGCGGCAUCGCACCUACUUUCCUGUACCGAUUUUGCAACAAUAUGGCUAUUGUCUGAUCUGAUGGUCGAUCAGACGGUGUUUUUCUCUAAACAUCCUCCGUACACGACUUCCGUGUUUUUCCUUGUGGUUUCCUUAUGGCCUGUUGGAAUAAAUAUGAAGUCCUAUUCUCGGCCACGUCCCACAGUAUAGGCGGGUUGACAUUACUAGUGAAUAACGAACGUAGCUCACGCUUACGUAUUUUGCCCGUGGUAUUGUUAACUCGAGCAGUACAUUUGUAUUUAUGCAAUGAAUAGAUACAAAUGUAUAUAUAUAAUCGGUUCAUAACGUUCUACGACGUCUUCCGAUUCCCAAUCGCCAUUGCUCUCGAUCGUAGCACAUGUCUUCGUUCAAGCCUCUUUCUCCGAUUUCCCUAUGGAUUCCUUCUAUCCAGCUUUUCCUAGGUCUUCCUCUCUUCCGCCGUCCUUUUGGUGCCCAUCGUAGCACUUGCUUGGGUAAUCUGUCUUCUCCCAUACGUUGUACGUGGCCAAACCAUCUUAGUUGCUUUGUUUUUAUAUCGUCCAUUAUUGUAUGCUUUACAUCCAUUAUCUCCAAUAUUCUUGUAUUUCUAAUUUUUUGUAUUCUUGAUAUACCAGCAGAUCUUCUCCAGAAGUCCAUUUCAGUUGUUCUGAGCAUAUUUUCGGAUUUUUCUUUAAGUGGCCAAACUCCGCUGCUGUAUGUUAUAAUGCUCUUAACAAUGCUGUUAUAGAUGUUACGUUUAUUUUCUUUGGAGAUACUUUGGUCCCAUAGGAUUUUGUUCAAUAAUGCGAUAGCUUUCCUUCCUUGUGUGCACCUUUCUUGGAUAUUCUUGUCCAACGUUCCAUCUUGUGUAAUUGUAAGACCCAAGUAUUUAUAUUCCUGACAGUGAUUAAUAGUUAUUUCAUUUUCCAACGCUAGAUCCUGCUGUAUACCUCCAACGCACAUAUAUUCCGUUUUCUUGGUAUUCACUUCUAAACCCCAGUUCCGGUACUCUUCUAUGAUUUUUCGGGUCAUAUAUUCAAUAUCGUGAUAAUCCUGGGCCAUAAGAAUCUGAUCAUCCGCAAAACAUAGAGUGUAUAGCAUGUUAUCAUCAUUUAGCGGUAUACCCAUAUUCUUACAUUUCCUUUUCCAGGAUUUCAAAACUUGCUCUAAAUAUAUUUUAAAUAGUGUCGGCGAUAGACAGCAGCCCUGUUUAAGACCCUUAUUCACUUCAAAUCCUGACGAGAUUUCCUUGCCUAGCUUAACUUUUGCUAUAUUAUGUUGGUAUAGAUUUUUUACAGCUUUAAUGAGGUUCAGACUGAUGUUAGUUUUUUCGAGGGCUUCCCAAAGUUUACUUUGUGGUACCGUAUCGUAUGCUUUUUUUAAGUCUAUGUACACUAAAUGCAGUUCUUGAUUGUAGGCUAUUUGUUUGUCUAUUAACUGUGUUACACAAUAUAGGUGGUCAGUGGUGGAUCUGCCAGCGCGGAAACCGGCUUGCUCUUCGGCCUCUUAGUCCUUGUAUUCUUCUUCUAUUUUAUUUUUGAUAAUUUUUCCGUAAACUCUGCUGAUGGUGCUUGUGACAGAUAUUCCCCGGUAAUUAUCGCAUAUAUUUUUACUGCCUUUCUUGUGUAUUGUAGAAAUUACAGACAAUUGCCAUUCUUUUGGUAUGACUUCGCCAUUCAUACAUCUAUUAAAUAGAUCUCUUAGGUAUUCAUACAGGGUGUUGCUACCGUAUUUGAGCAGUUCUGGUGCUAUGUCGCCAGGCCCUGACGCUUUUCUAUUUUUUAGGGAUUUGCAUGCAUUUCGUACUUCUUCCAGUCUUAACCGAAUCGGUGAGCCACUGACAAUUACAUUGAAACUUUCGUGAUCUUCGUUUUUAAUAAAAUCUUCUCUAUUUUCUACUAGUAACUGCUUGAAAUAGCCAUCCCACUUUUCCAGAGUAAUCGGUGUUAUUAUAUCCCUUUUGGUAUCUGUUCUCAACGUUUUAAGGAAUUUCCAGCUCUCUGUGUUUCUUGUCCCCCCUAUAUAGGCGUUAAGUUGAUUGCAUUUGUUUGUCCACGUUUCGUUUUUCUUCUGUGGAAUUUUUUCCCGCACUCUUGCUUGUGCUUCUUUGUAUAAAACCUUAUCGGAAUCUUUCUGUGUACUCAUAUAUUUCCGGUACUUUUCUCUCUUAUCGUCUAUUUCAGUGGCUAUUUCUAAGUCCCACCAGUAUGGUUUAUUUCUUAUGUUGUCUUUGUACUCCCCCAAUGCCUCAUAUGCAGCUUCGUGUAUACAUUGUGUUAUAUGUGUAUGAAGAUGUUCCGUAUUUAUAAAUGUAUAUUGUCCUUUCAGUUUCUCGUCCAGUCGCUUUUCGUAUAACGUUCUUAUGCUUGUUUGUUGUAAGCCUUCUAGGUUGUAUUUCUUUUUUUGGUGCCAAUUUGUUUCCUCCUUGUUCUCGUGGAUUUAGAUUUUUUUGAGAUUUCAUUCCGGGGAACAGUACUUCCGCUUUUAGAAGAUGAUGUUCACUGCCGCAUGUUGCUCCUCUAUAAACCCUUACAUCUUUAAUUUUCAUUCGACUCCGUUGUUUUAUCAAAAGAUAAUCAAUUAUACUUUUCUGGUUCAUAGUAGGUUGGGUCCGAGUAUAUUUAUGAAUGCAUCUAUGCUGGAAGAAGCCGUUCAUAAUUCUUAAAUUGUUCUGUUUACAGAUGUUAAUUAUUCUUGUUCCAUUAUUGUUGAGUACUUCCUCGCCGUAUCUGCCUACUACGUCAUCCUGUUUUUUAUUGCCUGUUCUGCCAUUUAGGUCUCCUAAUAAUAUAAUUUCUCUGGCAUUUCCUAUUUUGACGAUUUCAUCGUUGAGCUGUUCAUAGAUACAAAUGUACUGCUCGAAUUUGAAAAUAGAUAAUAAAAUAUCUAACAAUACCACGGGCAAAAUACGUAAGCGUGAGCCACGUUCGUUAUUCACUAUUUAGUAAUGUCAACCCGCCUUAAAGUAUACUUUAGCCUUUCUUGGAUGGUUGCGUUGGAAACUCGGUCUUGCCUUGCUGCUCUAUCAAUGAGCCGGUAGCAUGACGUGUCUGUCGUUUCAAGCCUCUUCCAGUUAUUCUUCUUCUUCGUCAGUGGCGAGGACCUAAAAAUUUAAGAUUGUAUUAGUAUUUUUUACUAUUGCAGGUGUUACCUUGAUUUGCUUUGCAUGCAGCGUGUAGUUCAGCUUUCUGUCUAGAUGGAGUCAUAAGUAUUUGACGGAUGCUUCUGAGUAAUGACGUUACCUCUCAUCAUGAGCUCUUCUGCUGGUAUAGAUUAUUGUACGGGUCUUGGCUGCGUUGAUCUUCAUUUUCCAAGUGCUCUUUUAAUAGUUCCGAACAAUUCUUCUGUCGUCAUUUCCUGAUGUGUAGAUGGCUGUAUCGUCUAUAUACAAAGCUAUACUUGUUCUUGCAUGUGUUGGUAAAUCUGAUACAAAAAUGUUAUAUAAAAUGGGCAUCCCUUCCUGGACUUCUAGUAUCCUAAACAUCUUUCGGUCAGCUGAAACUUGAAAAGUUCUAUUAGUUAGAUAUUUGUCGCAAAUAUUAACUAAAUACUGAGGUAAACUAGCUCUGUCCAUAUUGAAAAUAAGUGCUUUCUUCCAGACCGUGCCGUAUGCUUUUUCUAUGUUCAGGAUGUCCAUUCCUGUCUUCUGAUUUCUGUUGAACCGGAUUUUGGUGUCCCUGAUAACUGUUGCUAGCUGUAGUUCGCAGUUGCUUCCUUUCCUCAAUCCAAAUUGGUCCUCUUGUAUGAUUCUUCUUCUGUCUGCAUGUUUCAUCAACCUCUUGUAGAUUAUCUUCUCCAAUAUUUUUCCUAACGGUUCCAAUAGGUAUAUUGUCCUGCAGUUUUCUGGUCUUCUUCUACCCUUCUUCGGUUUUAGUAGAGGGAUGGACUUGGAGUGCUUCCAGUUGUUCGGAAAAUGGUAAUUUCCAGGCAAAAUCUAAAAAUGUAGUACAGUUGUACUCAUUUUCUUCGGUAGUUCCUUGAGUAGGAUGUUGUGAAUUCCUUCCUGUCUCCACCUACUUCCGACUGAGUCAUUUAUUUCAGAACACUAUUCAGUUUAAUCUAGUUUAAUCUACACUAGUAAUGUUUAAAUGAGUUUUAAUAUUAUUAUGUAUUGAAAAAAAUAAAAGAGUUCAAAAUAAAAUGCUUAAUUGCUG